AGGUUUGAAGCGAAUCAAUUCGAUGUUUGCGUUACACCGGGUGAUACUUAUUCUGGUUUUCUUAUGCAUCAGUUUGGAUCCUUUGGAUUUCAGUAAAAUUACUGAACAAAUUUACAAUUAUGUACCUUUGUCAUAUGCAUCAUUUUGUACUCGAAAACUUAACCUUACAGGACAGGUUGGUUGUUCCAGUGAUAUCAACGGAAAUUCGGGUGUUGCUUUGUUUAUGAAUGAGUCACAAGACAUUAUUCAGACACUUAGUUCAGAUAUUUCAACUUCAUUCGUAGUGGUUGUAAAUGUUGGGCAGUUUGUUAACACUUCACUUAUGCGGUAUUUCCGUUCAACAACAAAUAUCAAAGGUCUUAUUGUGUUUUCUAACGAGGGAGAAAAUUACGACAGCUAUGCAUUUUCCGAAUCAUCCAAAUGCCCAAACAGUGAUUACAGCGCUUAUAACUUUACUGAUCAAUGUGAUUUGGAUGCACAAUGGAACCCAGCUGGGACAGAAUAUUCAUAUAUCAGUUGGCCGUUUCCGGUUGUUUUGGUUGCUGAUGUGAACAACACCAUUUGGACUUCCAUGUACGAAUGUUUCUCAAUGUUGAACCGAGAACCUGCUGAUGAUACGCGGUGCUUGAUUGAAAUAAAUAACCCUAUGUCAGCCGUUGGGUCGUCUGAGACUUGCUUUCGUCGUCAGUACCUCAUGUCGCUGCAUAUUUCUGAAAGUUCGGAGAUUUUCUGUGAUGAAUUGACAGGGCUAAACAUUAUUUUAUCAGUAACUGAUUCAAAAAAUCACUCAAGGGAUAAUAACAUUAGCAAUUAUGCUCGGUCUGAGAAUUCUUCAGUGUUUGUUCUUACUCGGAUGGAUUCUCGAAGUAUUUUCGAACGCAGUGGGUUUUCAAGCCAAGGUGUCCUUCCUAGUAUAGCUGUUUUGAUUUCUGUUGCCGUACAUUUAAUGGGACAGAAAACCUUGAAAGAUUCUCAGUUUGAAAAGGAUUUACUUUUCAGCUUUCUGGAUAAUGAGGCUUAUGAUUUUAUGGGUUCAUCUAGAUUUUCAUAUGAUUUAUCUUCUGGAAAUAUUGCUCGCUAUACUGGGGAUCCAGUGAUUUGGAAUAAUGUGUAUGCUGUCAUAGAGCUAGGUGAACUUGGAUUGUCGCGAAAGCGGGAUAAUUAUUCUAUGUUUUUCAUGUUAACAGAUGAUAAAACUUACAAUGUGACUCGAAAUCUUACGGAUAAUAUUUUCCAUCACCUAACUGCUGCGAGUGAAACAAACCAAAAAGUUGAUAUAAAAAGACCAUUAAACAAAUUACGAGAGUUACCACUACCUCCAAUAUCAUCAAUGCAAACUCUUCUUCAAAACUCACCUCGUCCCCUUCCUCAUGUGGUGUUAAGUGAUUAUGAUCGUCCACCUUUCCUUAAUAAACAUUUUGAGAGUUUUCUUGAUACUAGAUGGCCUCCAUUGGAUAAUCCUACUGCAGAUACAAUCCUUCUCGAUUUUGCCAACACUCUAGCAGAUGCUUUGCAUAGAAUAGUUUCUGCAAAUCAUGAACCUAUUUCAUCCAGCAUUGCUUAUCCAAAACCUAGUGACAUUAUGGAAUGUUUCUCAACUAAUCUGGGAUGUGACCUUUUCAAAAUGGUAAUAUUUUUGUGUGUAGUUUGGAUAGAUUAAUGUUUGCAUCGUUUUCGAGCGACUUUUAACUAUCAUUAGCUCAGUAGAUUUAAAUGUUUCUCUGAUCGGGAAGAUAGAAGUUGUAAUACUCCAGACAUCUAAUUUACUUUUUCGAUUGACAAAUAUGUUAGUUCCUUUUAGAUUUUAUCAUCUGAUGUAAUAAUUAAAGUGUAUUGGUUUUGGUUUAAUGACCAGAAGUUAGUUUCGUGGUAAUGAAAAAGUUAUGCCACUUAAACGGGUAGAACAUUAAGAUCACAAGACAUGGAAACUGACUGUUUUGUGUAAAGUGAUGAACUCAGUACCUGUAGAUUUUGUUGUUAUUUACAGCCGAAAAGCUCACUUUAUGUUCGGUAUAAAAAAGUGCUUAACGUUGAAAAGUUGAAGACUUGAUACUUGUUGAUGUGAACCACAGUCAGUUUGUCGAUUUUUCUAUUAAUUAUUUUCUGACCGAAAUUUCCAAAUAUUAUCCACUGGAUUGUACAACAUUAUAUGAGCAAAUUAGAUGAGAAUUCUAGGAUAAUGCAUGGAUACGCACUUUUACCGUAUCUUGAAAUAUCACUUAUUUCUUUUAGGUGAUCUAAACUCCACGAACUUUUUGUGAAUAGUAGUUUUAAGCAGAAGCACUUACAGCAAUGAUCAAUAACAACUAUUAAGGAGUUUAACACAUUUACCAUUUUUGCUUAAUGAUAUUUCCCGUAGUAUAUCUUACAUACAAAAACUUAAGUACACUCAUGCUUAACUUUUUAGACACAAAACGAUUAAAUUAUCUACAUACUAAGUCAUUGAGAUUUAAGUUUCUUACUGAUAUGUCGAAAACUACUAAGUUUAAAAAGCAAACCAGUACCUUGCUUCAGUCUUUCUAUAAUACGUCUCUAUAACUAAUAAUUACAUGUAAAUACGACUAAACUAUAUACUUCUUUACAUUACUGAGGGUUAAAGAACCUACUACUUAUAUAAUACUCAGUGUUGACUUGAACAGUUAAUACAUAUUAUCAGGUAUAUAUCCUGGUGUAACUCAGCCAUAGACCGUUCAUUGUUUAUCCCCAUAAUUACGUUCUUUGCCGUAAAGAACCUUGAGUAUUUCUAUACAAACGUACAUACAAAUUUAAGAUUCUCAAGGACAUUACUACAUACCUAGCUAAACCACGGGAGAAACAUGUCAACAUUCUACCUAACAGAAGUAUUCAAAACCUCAAAAUAAACUCGCAGCAAAUAUUUGACUUGCUGAUAAGUUCAUUUUGUUUGAACUAAGGUCUCAUGACAGAUUACUAAGGGUGAACGAUUAAUCUUGAUUACCUACUACGACAAAUUUGAGGGAUACAUACCAGAUAUCUAAUUCCACCCACAAUCUGAAGAAACUUUCAACUGAUCAACGCUUCUGAAUACUUGGCACUUUCCCACCAUGCCUUUUAACCAUAGUAACGAUCUAGAAUCAUUGUCUGGGUUAAAUUGACUAUAGUAAUCAUUCCAGGGCAAAACCAUACUGUCCAAUAAGUUUGUAAGGAGUUUCUUCUGAUUGUAUUCCCUCGUUACUAGAAUUUUUCCUUGAUAAGUUAUUUUAUAUAUGUUAGUUUGAACCCACUUCCAUUUAGUUUGCUCACUUGCAGAAUUUCUUCAUACCCAUUCUCAUAUUUCCAACUGAUCGUGUGUUUUUGUUUACAGUAUCUCAGUCCUGUGGACUAUAAGUAUGUACAAAUGUUAAAAACACCUGUACCUGCACAAACCUACCUGCCAUUGGGCCUACAUGAGAUAAAGAUAUCACAUCUAGUCAGUAUUCUGUUAAUAGGACUAACUGGGGAACGGACUUCAACACCAGCAUGUCCACCUUUUGAUAAACGGGGUCCUUACACAUAUUGGAUGGGAUAUUUCAACGGCUCUGAACAAUGUUACUUCACACGCAUGGACAUAACAUCACAAUUUUUGAUGAUGGAAAACGAGAAACUCAAAGCCCCGGCCUGGAUGCGUAGUCGCGAACAUUCUGAAAGGUUCUUGCGCUGGUAUCGCGGUGCAUCCCCAACGGUUGAUGGAUUCAGUGUUGCGCUAGGGAUUUUCCUCAUGACCCUCACACUUCUCAUAGCUCUUUACAUCAAGGAGGUCAUUAAUAAGAAAAUAAUACAAAUACCUGCACAAAUGGAAAUUUUAUAUACAUCUGACAACGAAAAUCGUUUGGCACCUACAUAAAAAUUUUCUGAAAAAGAUGUACAUACAGAAUAUAUUCUUUUAGAC